GUCAAAUAGUUCAAAUAAUCUAAUCUAACAACAAAUGUUUUGUGUUUUCUUCGGUUCUUUAGUUUCUACAUAAAACGUUUAUUUAUAAAUAUAAUGGAUGAUGAAAUUCAAGAUGGGCCAUUUACUGUUUGGCAAAUGUUUAAUUCCCCUACAAUGGUCCUUUUUAAUAAUUUGGACCAUGCUGCUGAUGGGCUUGAGAGAUUGCUAACUUCUAUUUUAAAGUUAUCUGGUGAUUUUUCAGAAGUUCUAGUUCCCCGUGCAGGUUCUUCUAAAUAUCCGGAUUCCUAUUACACUGCAUUUAAUACAUGGCUUUUGGGAAGAUUGUUUUAUGUGUGGUCAGUCAAACAAUUGGACAGAAUACAUUUGUCUAGCAAAGAUGCUCAGCUGAAAAUACUCAAUAUACUAUGUGUCAAUGGUGCAUCAUUUUAUGAAAAGUUGCAUUCAGACUAUUGUGACAUAUUAAAGAAAUUGAUACUUUUCUACAAAGAUCACCCAAAUAGAGGAAUCAAUGAUAAUGGAAUUAUACUUGAAAAUUUCAAACCCCCAGUUGUGGACAUUCCUAAUACUGAGCUUAAUUUACAACCAAUAUUUGUUACUGUUUCCAAUAUGGAGACAUGUGAGAUAAUUAUUAAAUUAUUAUUGCAUCUUUUAUCUGAAAGCAUACCAACUAACUCUUUGAAAAUAGAAAAUAAUAAAGAGAAAUUUAUACAACUGUUCACAGAAGUGUUAUAUAUGUUUGAACAUUUUAAUGUUGAUUUAAAGCUGGCUGCAUUAAAGUUUUUCUCAGAUUUAAUUAACAAUUAUGACAAAGUUUCUUAUAGCAGCUUCUGUGAGAGUUUUUCAAAUAUAUUCAGAGAAUUGCUUUUGUGUACAGAAUCUAUGUUAAAGAUUCGUGAGGUAUUACACAGAAAUGGCACUAUUGGAUAUGACCAAUUGAAACAUUUUGCAGACUUAAUUAGAAGUUUACUAAACAUUGGUAAAAAUAAUCUCAAGAAAGACUAUGAAGACAUUUUAUUUAAUAUUUGUGCAAUGGUUCUUGAAACCAAUGAAAAGAGUAUGCUUUUUGAUAUGGACUUGAGAACUUGCAGUUGUUCCGUGAUCAAGAAACUGGAUUUACCUGAAGAUUUUCUUAAUUUAAGAGAAAUGUCUGGAGAUGAUAUACACACACUUUCAGACUAUUACAUAAAUAACAUAGUUGCUUUUAUCAAAACAUGGGAAGAAGCUGGAGAAUCAGAUUUUUCAGCAAGCAAUAUUAACAUGUUACAUAAAAACCAGUGUUAUAUGCAAGUUUGUAAUGUGUUCUACAAAGGAUUAGAAUAUCCAGAUGUAUAUAUACCUGUUACAGACAUUUACAUAAUGUUGCAUAAAUGUUCAGCUGCAUUACAUAUUUUAUUAAGUGUUUACAUGAGAAGUAAAAAUAUGAAAUCUGGAAAAAAUGUUUUUGAAAUUGGAUAUAUUAUUAAUUCUGGUAAGAUUUCCGAGGCAUGGGAUCAACUGCUCAUAAUAAUUGAGAAAUAUAGGGCUAAAUUAAUUGGUAAUUUAGGAUCAUUGCAUGAGAUAUAUGACUUUGUUGUCACACUCACAGUUAUGAGUGACAAUAUAAGUGAACAUGUAAUGGAUAAAAUUAUAAGAAUAAUUCGUGUUGAAACUCCACUGCAAAAUCUGGAAAAAGCUUUUUUACAUGUAGAAGGUAACUUAUCACAAAUGGUUAAAUAUGCGAUUAUUCUGAAGAUGCUUGUAAAAAAGAAAUUGAGUGAAGACUGGAAUCAAACUAUAACAGUGUUGCUUAACUACUUCGCGAGGAAUAAAACAAUUUAUAAUUACAAACAGAUUAUACCCAUAUGCCCAGUACUAUUAGCAACCAAAACUUAUUCUGCAAGUAAGCUGAUUAGUGAAAUACUCAUGCCUGCCUUCUUAACAAAAGAUGAAGACGUGCAAUUAGAAAUAUCUAAAAUAUUAUCAGCACUCGCUUGUAUGACUUUGGGCUCCUAUAUAGUUAUAAUAAAUCCGGCAUCAAAUGAGACAGGCCAUGUAAUAUACAAGAAUGAAGCACUAUGCAUAUGUGUUAUUUGUUCGAAUUGUCAUCCCUUAGUGAAACAUGCCGAAGUUGGCAUAAAAAUUGCAUCAGAGAGCUACAAUAAUUCGGUCACUAAUAUCUCGACUAUAACAGGCAUGAAGAAUUUGUUUGCGAAGUUUGUGAAUCCAAAACAAUAUGCCAAUUUAGAAAACUCUGAAUAUUGGAAUCUACUUGGGAGAUUAUGCCAUCAUUUUUAUGUUUUCAACUAUGGGGUGAGCCAGGAUGUUAUAACUGUUGAAAAUAGCGCGAAAAUUUUGAAGGCAUUCAAACCAUUUAUAGAAGGAAAUUUGGUCGACGUCGAUGAAGACUGGAAAUCACACAGAGAAACAACUUUGAAUACUUGUAUUAAUUUGUUAGUUAAUGCAACAAAGGCAUGCCUAGAAACCAUAGACUACAACCAACAGACACAAACAUUGAACCAAAUAAAAGAACUUGGAUUUUGUAGCAACGAGAAAGUUAUACUGCCCGUCACUAAGUUAUUAGUGUACUUUAUAAUGCAUCCUCAAUGUACACUUGCACCAAAAGCGGUUGUUUAUCUUAGAGAAGUUUCAGAGUUCCACAAUUACACUCCUAAUCAAAUAUACCACAGAUACAAGAAAGAUUAUUGCAAGUUAUUUGUCGAAUGUAGUCUUUAUAAUGGAAAAGAUUUCGCUAUAUCGCUCCUUAAGGUCGUUCGAGCGUUUGGCUUUGUCGGCUAUAGAGAUUUCAUUUCGAAAGAUGUGCACCAUUUCUUGCCAUAUCUUAUACCUUAUGCAGUUAAUGUGAAGGAAGUGCCUUCGAUGAUUGAGGAAAUAGCGUCGUUGGUUCAGUGUUCUGUAUCAGACUUUUUGGCUGAGAGAUUCCCACAUAUUUAUGUCCAUGUCUAUUUGAAUGAGCCUAAUGAUGUACUCAGAAAGAGUAAUGAAAUAAUAGAAAGGUUGACAAAGACGUCAGUUUUGAGUUUGAUAAAAAGGCACUUCAGGGUGAUUCUUACGGAAUUCCUAUUACAAUAUUGCUGUAACCCUGAAAAAGUGAUGAGUGCAUGUAGAUACUUGGCAAGCCACGAUCCAGACGUGUCUACGCCCACCGGUAACAUGAGCAUGAGUACAACUCAGAUAGCAGACUUCUUGAACCCCAAAUUCCUAGGAGUUUUGGCAUAUUUCGAUCAUAAAUUGGUGAAUGUGAAAGUAGCUUUGUCUGUGAAACGGAAAGCCUUGACCAGCUUCCCGGAUAUAAUGCAGUUGAUGGGCGUCAAGUAUAUCACGCCUUUGAGGUUUAAGGUUUUAGCUACUCUGAGAUCAGCCCUCCCAUUGGUAAAGGAGUUUCCGAAAAUAUUGGCGGAGGCAUGGGCGGCUUUCAUUCACAAUAUUGACAGCAUUUCCUUGGGGCCUCUUCUAUCAAAUUUAGCCGUAUCUUUACUGCAGCAGUUUGAGUAUGCUCCGCAAGAAAUAAACAAAAUAUUCCAAUAUUUAGUACUGAAUAAUGAAAAUCUGUUGAGCUCAAAUAUUUCGGACCUUUUCUUUUUGGAGGACACGAAAAUUACGGAUAAAGUGAAAAUGGUAAUAAAGAGACAUGUACGAAGAACGCAACCCGAAGGUUUUUUGGACAAAAUAAAAUGGUACUUACAACAUCUCAAUCAAGACAUACCGACAAUAAAGGCAUAUGCAUUUUCUCAUCUGGACAAGUUGCUGAAAAAGAACAGAACUGAAAUACAUAAGGCUAUAUUUGGAGGAAAAAAUAUUGAUCCAAUUGUUGUUGAUCUUAUAGACUCUUUGCUACUUGGUUGCAAGGACUCAGAUGUGAACGUGAGUUCAUCAAGUGGGGCUUGUCUCGGUCAACUGGGCGCUAUAGAAGCGGGCCACCUGCCGCGGCAGUACGUGCAGCCGUCGCGGGCGCCCUUCGCCUUCUCUAUAGGAGACAACUGCUUCGCCGCGACUGCGCUUGCCGAGCUCACUCGGGCGUUCCAGUACGAGAAGGACACUAUGAACAUGGAUUGCUACGCGCUGACGAUACAAGAAAUAUUGAAGAUAUACGAUAUAUCGCCUAGCGGCAGUAAAAAGGAAGUGUGGGAUAGUUUUCCCGAGCAUAUGCAUCAAAUUAUGUUUCCAUUACUUAGUUCAAGGUACACUUUGGCAUACCCGUCACAGCCUAAAAAGGCUCAUCCGUUGUUUGGUUCUGCUUAUGCUACCACAUUCCUGGAAUGGGCUCAUAACUGGGCAGGCCAACUGAUACCUUUGAUAGAAUCUGAGAACAUCCGCGAACUCCUGCGCACGGUCCACCCGAGCAUGCGGCGUGACGUCAGAACCCUAUUCCUUUUCUUGCCGUACGCGUUGCUGCAUGCCGUCAUGUCCAAGAAUAACAACCAGUAUAUACAGGAAGAGAUGUUGGCUGUUAUAGGUUUGGAAAACUUCGAAAAUGAGCAAGUUGCGACCGAACGAAACAGAUAUAAGAUGUUGCGGCACAUCAGAAUGACGCCCAGUGUCGUGUCGGCGCAAACGGAGGAAGGAAACCAGAGCAAAUGCAGUAAAACAGUGUACACUUUACUGGACUUCCUGAACAGAUGGUUACUUGAAUGGUGCAAUUCGAAACAACGACCGUUAGAAAACGAAAAUUACAAGGCUAUAUCAACCUUCCUAGAGAAGUUCGACAAGCUAACAAUCGCUCGCGGCAACUUCCUCUGCGGCGAGUUAGAGCGCGCCUUGCAAUAUCUCGAAUUGUAUAUGGAUGAGAAUCCUCAGCAAAUGCAAGAACAACUGUCACUGUUGGCCGAGAUAUACGCUUUGUUGGAUGAGCCUGAUAGCGUCGCUGGAAUUCUGUCCAUAAAGCGUGCCGAGCCGUGCCUGAAGGAGCUGAUACUGGCGCAGGUGGUGACCGGGCGGCCGCAGGACGCCGCGCUCUGCUACGAGCGGCUGGCGCAAGAGGGACAGCUCGAUAGGAAUAGUCUGCAGGGUAUGAUAGACUGCUAUCUGGGGCUGGACCAGCCGUUCACAGCAUACCGUCUGCUCAGCGAACACGAGUCUGAAGACAGCAUGAUGGAGUUGGCCGCGGAACCGUUGUGGAGAUUGGGGCGGUUUGAUCAGCUGGAGGAACUGGCGAGGAAACCCGUGCCGACCUGUCGAGAAAACUGGGGUCUACUAAUGGGUCGUAUACUCCUCGCAUACCGUUCACAAGACCACCUCGCCUUUGAAGCGACUUGUAAAGACGCCACGAGUAGAUUGCUGGCUCAGAUGGAGGGGGAAAGUAAGGGAGAAAGCGCACUGCGCAGUGGAUACCAAAGUGUGUUGGGUCUUCAUAUCGUCAGCGAGGCAGGACACGCUGAGGAAGUGUUGAGAAGACUGAAAGAUUUGAGUGAUGGGGAUCGCCAAGCCGCAGACAUCAUAAACCAAUUACUGGAUGAAUGGCGAAGGCGUCUGUCUGUCGUGCAAUCUGAUGUACGGACCAUUGAACCAUUGCUUCGAUUGAGAAGAAUAUUGCUGCAACAGACACAGACGUUAUUGGAGCCUACUCACCCAAUAACUUCAAACAAUCUAAAAGCGUGCAUUGGAGAUCUGUGGCUGCAGAGCGCGAAGCACGCGAGAAAAGCGGGAAUUUUUCAACAGUCGUACAUGUACAUACUGAACGCAGAGGAAUACAAGCCGUCGCAGCUGUUCAUAGAGAAAGCUAAAAUGUACUGGGCGCGGGCACAGCAUGAACACGCCUUCACCACGCUGAAACGCGGACUCGACGAUGCAUAUCCCGAUGUCAGGAACCUGAACAACGAACAGAGGAAAAUUUGUGCAAAGGCGAAGUUGUUAAUAGCGAAGUACAACGAUGAAACCACUAAUGUUGACGUGGACGUCAACAUAGGCUACUACAAGGAAUCCGUUGACGUCUUCAAACAAUGGGAGAAGAGUUUGGUGUGUCUCGGCGCGUAUUACGAGAAAGUGAGCAGUGCGGACGGGGCAUCGAACCUGAACCUCGUGUGGUCGCGGCGGCUCUACGCGCUCAACAGCUACGGCAAGGCGCUGCAGUACGGACACAAGUAUCUGUACCAGAGUAUGCCUAGGAUGCUUUCCAUUUGGUUGGACAUGGAAGUGACAUCUUCAGACACGAGCGCUCACUCAGUGUUGGCGCAAAUGACAGAAAUCAUAAAGACUUAUUCUGAAAGAUUGCCUGUCUAUCUGUAUUUGACCGCAUUCUCACAAAUUGUCUCGAGAAUCUGCCAUCCAGUUAAAGAGGUAUACCUUCAGCUGAAAGCCAUAAUAGUGAAACUGAUAAUGGCGUACCCCCAGCACACUCUGUGGAUGAUGAUGUGCGUGAUAAAAUCCAGCUAUCCUCAGAGAAUGAAGCGAUGUGGCGAUGUGUUCUCGGAGCCGAGGCUCAAGGAGCCCCACAUGUUGAAACUCGUGGGUGAUUUUACUCAACUCGCUGAGAAAUUGAUCGAGUUGUGUAAUAAACCCAUCGCUGGAAGUGCGUCUACAACAACUGUGUCGAAUCUAGUCCGUACCCUCCCGCGUCUGCUGGCAAGCGAGAGUUUCAGCCACAUCAUGAUGCCCUUCCAAGAGUUCUGCAAAAUCGUGCUGCCGUCCAAAGCGGCGCGACAAGAGCGAAUUGAUUUCAAUAUACCCACAGAACCACCAGUGUAUAUCGCCGGUAUUGAAGAACACAUCAGCAUAUUGCCGUCUUUGCAGAAACCUAGGAAGGUUACUCUAAAGGGUUCCGAUGGAAAAUCCUACAUAAUAAUGCUGAAACCACGAGACGAUCUUCGCAAAGACUACCGGCUGAUGGAGUUCAAUGGCGUCGUGAACAGAUUCCUGCAAGAUGCGCCGGAGACGAGGCGGCGGCGGCUGUACAUACGAACGUACAGCGUGUUGCCUUUGAAUGAAGAGUGCGGGCUUAUAGAAUGGGUCCCCAAUUUAGUCGGGUUACGACCGAUUUUGAUGCAUAUUUAUAAGCAGAAAGGAAUCCACACGAGCAAUCGAGAGUUGAAAGAGAUGAUGUGUUCUACGAAAGACCCGGUGGAGAAAAAGAGACGGAUAUAUGAAGAACAGCUGCUGCGUCGACAUCCGCCCGUCUUCCAGGAGUGGUUCAGGCGUGUAUUCUCGGAUCCUUACGGAUGGUAUCAAGCGAGGUCGGCUUAUAUUCGGACGACAGCUGUUAUGUCUAUGGUGGGAUAUAUUUUAGGUCUUGGAGAUAGACACGGCGAGAAUAUAUCGUUCGACUCGACCAAUGGCGAUACGGUUCACGUGGAUUUCAACUGUUUGUUCAACAAAGGCGAAGCGUUCGAAUGGCCUGAGAGGGUGCCGUUCCGGUUGACGCACAACAUGGAGGCUGCGAUGGGCCCCUUGAAACACGAGGGCAUGUAUAGGAAGAGUUGCGAAGCCGUAAUGCGGGCAUUGCGCGCUCAGACCGCCGCGCUGAUGUCAGUGAUUGGUCCGUUCGUGUACGACCCUCUGGUGUCGUGGGGACGCGCGCGACCCAUCGACGCGGCUGAGAGGACUAACGAACAGGCGCUGCAGCAUUUACAGCAUAUUAGACAACGAUUGAACGGGAUGGUACGUACGAAGAACAAACAACUGUCACUGUCUCUGUCUCCGGAAGGGCAAGUGGAGCAUCUGAUAGUGGAAGCUACGAGUAUUCAUAACCUGUGCCAAAUGUACAUAGGCUGGGGACCAUUUUUGUAACUCCGGAUAGGGUUAAUACUUUUGCUAUGAUAAUUUUUGCAUAGUGUGAGAGAGAUAGUUAUAUUGUGGCAAAAGACCCUAGGCCACAAAGUAGGCAGGUAGGUAGUAAAGUAGGUAGUAUAAACGAAAAUAUAAACAACACAUCGAGCUAUGACAUGCGGUUGACUGUACAGUUACGUGUAAAUAUUAUAUCAUUCGAAUGUGGCAAAGUCCGAAAUUGAAUGCAUUUCUUUAUAUUUAAAUAUAAUAUGUAAGGAUGCACGCGCCUACAUAUCUGGUCGUGCGUAAUUGUCAUCACAAUGUUAAUGUCUUUGUGUGUGUUACGUAAAUAAAGUGCCUUGUCUUUUUUGUGUCGUAACAAUUUUAUAGUAAAAGACAGAAGAAAUACCGUUAUGGCUGUGUUUAGUUUAUAAGUUUUUGUUGUAAUAAAGAUAAUGUCUUAA